AAGACGCACAGUGUUUGCACACGGUCACAUUGUAUUGAUCAGACUUCAUUAUGCAGGAUGAUUCUAAAUUGAAGAUUUUACGUCUAUCUCAAACACCAAAGGUUACAUAUAUGUUAUAUAUAUAUAUAUACAUGCUGAGAGAGAGAGAGAGAGAGAGCUGAGUAAACUCCGACUGGUCUACUGAAAGAAAGCAAGCAAAAAUCUCAAGCUUCUGACGGUUCUACAAAUCAGAGAUAGGAAGCUGGUCCACACCAACAUAAUGGCUUUCCAGAGAAAUUUGCAUUUCCUGGUAUUCCUGCUGCUGAUCGUUAACGCUCAGUUUUCCACAGCCCAACACUGGUCUCACGGUUGGUAUCCAGGAGGGAAGAGAGAACUGAGUCUGUCUCGAUCUCCAGAUGUUUCAGAAGAUAUCAAGUUAUGUCAAGGCGAGGGUUGCCUGUUGCUGCAAAGUCCACGUAAAGGUAUCAUAAGGAGCAUUGUGAUGGAUAUGUUGGUGCAACAGAUUCAGAAGAAGAAAUGAAGGCUGCUUUGUUUUCAGAUUGUCCCCGGUGUAAGUUAUAAUCUCAUCAAGCUGACCUGCCUGAAGACAUUUUCCCAGAAGUAUGAUUUUAAAUUCUGCAACAAGUUUGUGUCAAAGAUCCAUCUCAUGUACAUGGCUUGAAGUCUGUGAAAUGGUGCUGUGAGGCUGUUUCAGUGACAUCUGUGGAAACACUACAGACAGAAUUCCCUUUCUGGCAUUUUAGUUUCAACCUUGUAAAAUGA